UAUCAAUAUUGCGCGUAGGCGGCAUAGCUACUCACUUCUCUCUGUGCAGCGUGAAUAGGGUUUAAGCCGACCGUGGAACUUUUCGCUUGUUAUUCGACAUCUACACACAGAGAUUUUGAUUAAACUGCGAUCAAUCCAGUUGAAAUAUGCAAAGACUUCAACGCAUAGUAUUAACAUCAAUAACAAAGACAAAACCCCUUUUGAGCCCAACUACUUUUAUCAAAACCCUCUCCUUCAAAACCCCCAAAAAUGGUGACGAAGAGUGGAACGACGCGUGGGAAACAGCUUGGCUCCCAGAAGACCUAUCUCCGAAAAACAGAGCUCCAUGGGAAACAGAUGUCAACUUUGGCUCUAACGAUUCCAACACCAAAAACAUUGUUUUAGGUUCAGAUGUUGAUGCAGAGACCAAGGCCUUUGUGGAGGACAUGAAUGAGAAUUGGGACGAGAGGCGGAGCAAGACUAAACUAAAGGAGAGUAAAGCUGAUGGGAAUGGAAAUGAUAAACUUUACAGUUUGGAGAGUAUGAAGAAGGAUUACAGAUUGAAGAAGCAGAGGAUUCAUGGUGGUUUGUGGUUGAAGGAGAUUGAGAAGCAAGAGGAGGCUAAGUUGGGUGGUGGUGCAGAUGAUAUUGAUAGAUUGCUUGAUACCUACUCCGAGAUUUUUGACACUGCCAAUGAUGAAUUGGAUAAUGCAAAGAUCCCAAACACUUCUGAGUUCAAAAACAAGCCUGAUGGUUGGGAAACAACCGCGAAGGAACAUGAUGGAAAUGUGUGGGAGAUGUCACAAAGAGAAGAAGAUAUUCUCCUCCAAGAAUUUGACCGCCGAAUAGCAUUUUGCAAAUUCCAGAUAGCUAGUUUUAUUAAGACUCACAUAUUUAGUCGGAGGAGACCGAUAGAUGGGUGGAAAUACAUGAUAGAGGAGAUAGGACCGAAUGCCAGGAAAGGAAAGGGUAGUGUUUCGAGGUUACCAAGUCUAUCUGAUCCAUCAACUCAACCAUUCAAGGAGGAGAAGCUAAUUAACAACAGACUUACUCCCUUGAGAGGAAGAUAGUUCAUUUCCCGCAUACUCAGAUUUGUUAUUAUUAUUAUUUUAGUUUUCCGUUUAGUUAUUAUAUUGCUGUAUAGACGUUGAUAGCUACAUCAUCUGGCAAAAGCAUGGAAUCAAGCUUUAUCUAUGUAUAAUGCACCUUUUUGUAAACAAUAAAAAUUU